UAAUUCCAAAUAGGAUUUCUUUAUUCGUUUCCAUCCCACCAAAUUCAACACCAGACAGCAGUAGCAGCUGACCUGUCGUCUUCAUUUCAACCCACUCAAGACAGGACACCUAAACUUAACUCUCUAUCUCUACGUGUUCAUUUCACACAGGAGGACAAGAAUAAAAUGAAGACUAGUGGUUAAAAUGGAGUGGAAUGGAAACAAGUAACAGUGACAUUUGCCCUGCCUCUGCCUCUCUUUCACUGCCCCCAACCACUCCCACCACCCCCACCCUUCUCUCUAUUCAAUAACCACACUCAACUCAACAAGAAUUUGUGACAUGAAUUCAUGUAUGCCCGGAAUCAGAUUUCAAUCAAAUUAAUUAAGAUCAGAUGAAGACGACUAACCUCGCCAAUGGCUAUGGCAAUGGCAAUGGCGCCACUAAGCUCAUCCUUCUCCAUCCAUAUGUUCACAAACAGGGCACCUCCAAUCGCCUAUGGCUUCUUCUGCUCCUCCUCUGCUUCCUUACUCUCGCCUUCCUCGGAACCCUAUUUCACACGCGCGACUCCAUCUCCACCAUUUCCACCCUCCCCGCCGUUGUCGCCGCCGCCUCCGCCUCCGCCAGGCCGACUAUAAUGUCUGAGGCGGUGUCUAUGGCACUCAUCCACUACGCCUCCAAUUCCAACAACACCGAUAAAAUGACGCACACAGAUAUCAAGCAGAUCGCCGACGCGCUCCGGCAAUGCUCGCCGCCCUGCAAUUUCCUGGUCUUCGGACUCACGCACGAAACCCUACUGUGGCGAGCACUCAACCACAACGGCCGGACAGUGUUCAUCGACGAGAAUCGGUACUACGCGGCCUACGUUGAGGAGAAGUAUCCGGAGAUCGAAGCGUACGACGUCCAGUACGCCACGAGGCUGAGCGAGAUGCCGGAGCUCAUCGCGGCGGCUAAGGAGCAGGCGAAGAACGAGUGCCGCCCCGUGCAGAACCUGUUGUUCUCCGAGUGCAAAUUAGGGCUCAACGAUCUGCCGAACCAGCUGUACGAAGUGGAUUGGGAUGUGAUCCUCGUCGACGGUCCGCGAGGCUACUGGCCGGAGGCGCCGGGGAGGAUGGCGGCGAUAUUCACGGCGGCGGUGCUGGCGCGGAGCAAAAAGGGGGGAACGCCGAGGACGCACGUGUUCGUGCACGAUUUCAAUAUGAAGGUGGAUCGAAUAACGAGCUUCGAAUUUUUGUGCAGGGAGAAUCUGGUGAAAUGGAAGGAACAGAUGGCGCAUUUUGUGGUGGAGCGAAUGGACAGCGCCGCCUCCCACUUCUGCCGGAGCAGCCGUCCCCCGCCGCCGUCUGCGGCGGUGUGAUUCGUUUGUGGAAUUCCGUUGUUGUAUUAGUGGCAGACGGUUAUUUAAUUAAUUAUUUUUUAUUUUUUAUUUUUUUGUUUGAGUUUAUUUUAUUUUACCUAAUAAUUUGAUUUCAAUUUUUGUUUAUUUUGCAUUUUUAUUUACCUCUGUAGUCCUUCCUGUGUUGUAUCCUUUCGAUUUAAGUCUUAUUUUAAAUCAACACUCUUGGCACAAUUCAAUUCAAUGUACCUAUUAUGAGAUUCCCACCCAUU